AUGGCGGCUAUGGGUGUAGUAAAAGAUUGCGUGCCAGAUAUAAACACCAUCAAGGCGGAAGGAACCGCGCCAAAGGCGUUCAAGGAGAAGAUAUCCGUGCACAGCCACAUCAAGGGACUGGGCGUCAAUCCAUCGAUAUUCGAAGUAGACACGGCACUCAUUAACCCAUCAAGCGGUGCUACUGAUCCGAAGUACCAGGAAUACAUAGAUUGCUUCGAUGUUGGCUGCGGUCUAGUAGGCCAGUACAGGGCCAGGGAGGCUGCUCAACUCGCGGUGGAUAUGAUCAAAGAGAAGAAAAUGGCCGGAAGGGCGCUACUGUUCGCGGGGCCAAGCGGCAGCGGCAAAACAGCUCUGGCAAUGGCCAUAGCAAAAGAGCUUAACACAGCCGCGCCGUUCACAAUACUUUCAAGUACUGAAGUGUUCAGUACUGAGGUUAAGAAGACCGAGGUCUUGAACGAGGCGUUCCGCAAGUCGAUACACAUCAUUCUGAAGGAGGAAAAACAAGUGUACGAAGGGGAAGUCACUGAACUUGUGGCUGAGGAAACAGAAAACCCGAGCGGAGGAUUCGGUACUGUUCGCGACAUAAAUCCGUACAUGUGA